UUGUUGUUAUUGUCGUGUGAAAAUGUUUGCGAGGACGACAGCAAAGUGCGAGGAGGAGGAAUUUAGUGAAGAUGAGGACGAGAAGGAGCGACAACGUCAACUUGUGGACGCUGCUUUCAUCAACCCACGAGCUGAGGUCAGUGAAAAACAUCCUCGUCGUGAGCGGCACAAGUCCGAGGAGGACGAAGAGCCCCGUCGCAUCAAAAAUGAGGCCAACAUUAAAGAGGAGGAACAGGAGAGCGUCUACGUUAAGGAGGAGGAAGAUUUCACAGAGUUUCCGGUGACUUGUGUCCUUUUGAAGAGUGAAGAUGACGGUCAAUAUGAGGAGAACAGAGGGGCGCAGCCUCCGAGCGGCAGCUCAAGUCAACGCGUGAAAACGGAAAGUGACGGAGGAGGAUCACAAGCAGACAGCCUCUUGGCUCCAAUAUCCGACAGUGACGACUUGACGUCACACUCUCCUGACACUGAUGAUGACGACGACGACGAUGAUGACGAACAGUCCGAAGGCGAUACGACACAUCACGCCGGCAACAAACGCUGGAAAUGUUCUCAGUGCGCGAAAACGUUUGCUUACAAGUCUCUAUGGAAAAUGCACAUGAUGGUCCACACCGGAGAAAAACCUUUUGCCUGCUCCGAGUGCGGCCAAAGAUUCUCCCAAAAGGGAAGCUUGCAGAGACACGCCAUAUCGCACACGGGAAAGAAAGCGUUCGCCUGCUCAGUUUGCGGCCAAAGAUUUUCUCGAAAGGGAAGCUUGAAGAGACACACCAUGUCACACAGCGGAAAGAAAACUUUCGCCUGCUCCAUUUGCGGGUUAAGUUUCGCGUACAGACACACCUUGACGAAUCACACAAAAACACACACCGGCGAGAAAUCUUUCGUCUGCUCGUUUUGCGGUCGACGAUUUAUUCAAAAGGCGCACUUAAUAUCUCACACAAGGACACACACGGGAGAAAAACCCUUUGCCUGCCCAUUUUGCGACCAGCGAUUCUCCGUAAAAGGGAAUUUAAGAAUACACACGAGGAUACACACCGGAGAGAAACCUUAUCCUUGCUCAGUGUGCGGACAAAGGUUCGCCGAGAGCCGCACUUUGACGACGCACAUGUUAACGCACACUGGAGAAAAACCGUUCGCCUGCUUGGAUUGCGGGAAAAGCUUCUCGACACGGGCAAACUUAAAAACACACACAAGGACCCACACGGGUGAGAAACCCUUUGCCUGUUUAGUUUGCGGCCAAAGAUUUGCCGAGAGGCGCACGCUGACGACGCACACGACGACGCACACGGGAGAAAAACCUUUUGCCUGCUCGGUGUGCGGCAAGAGAUUCUCCUCGCGGAGGUACUUCAAAGCGCACACGAGAACGCACACCGGCGAGAAACCUUUUGCUUGCCCGGUCUGCGGCAAAAGAUUCUCUCAUCAGGGGAACUUAAAGCGGCACACGAAAGCGCACAGCGGCGAGAAACCUUACGCCUGCUCGGUGUGCGGCAAGAGAUUUCCGAGGAAGGAAACGUUCAGAGCGCACACGAAAACGCACACGGCCUGUUCGGUUUGUGGCCAAAGUUUCUCUCGCAAGGAUCAGGUUAAAAGGCACAUUUGUCCUGGUGAGAAUGGCAGAGAUAAAUGAAGCUUUAUGGACAUGUUUUAAAUCUUCAAUAUUGAAGCUAAUGAUUAUAACAGUAGCGUUAUUUAAUUAACAUUUGUGUAUUCUUGUAUUUUUUUUUUUUUUCAUCUAUCUUCUUUUAUUCUACCGGCCUUAAAAUUCUGGGUUUGUUCAAUGUUUUCGUGAUGUCCAAUUCAAGUAACUGACGAUUGAUUGAUAAAGACUGUGAAAGAACUUGUAAUCUUUGCAACGCGGUGGAAAAUUGUGAACGUGAUCCUGAAUAAAAAAUACAA